AUGUCUGGUCGCGGUAAAGGAGGGAAAGGGCUCGGGAAAGGCGGCGCCAAGCGGCACAGGAAGGUGCUCCGUGAUAACAUCCAGGGCAUCACCAAGCCUGCCAUCCGCCGCCUAGCUCGCAGGGGAGGCGUCAAGCGCAUCUCCGGCCUCAUCUAUGAGGAGACUCGCGGGGUGCUGAAAGUCUUCCUGGAGAACGUCAUCCGGGACGCCGUCACCUACACCGAGCACGCCAAGAGGAAGACCGUCACCGCCAUGGACGUGGUCUACGCGCUCAAGCGCCAGGGCCGCACUCUCUACGGCCGGAGAUCAGCGGCAUCGCCAGCUCAGUCGUACAGACCAUGUGGGCGGCUCUUAGAAGAGCCUUUGGUUCCGGGGGGCACAGCAGCAGCAGCAGAGCCGGGCUCACUUGCUCUUGGCCGACUUGGUGCUCUCGGUCUUCUUGGGCAGCAGCACGGCCUGGAUGUUGGGCAGGACGCCUCCCUGGGCGAUGGUGACGCCGCCCAGCAGCUUGUUGAGCUCCUCGUCGUUGCGCACGGCCAGCUGCAGGUGGCGGGGGAUGAUGCGGGUCUUCUUGUUGUCGCGGGCGGCAUUGCCGGCCAGCUCCAGGAUCUCGGCGGUGAGAUACUCGAGCACAGCGGCCAAGUAGACGGGAGCGCCGGCGCCCACCCUCUGGGCGUAGUUGCCCUUGCGGAGGAGCCUGUGCACUCGGCCGACCGGGAACUGGAGCCCUGCCCGGGAGGAGCGGGUCUUGGCCUUAGCCCGGACUUUGCCUCCUUGUUUGCCGCGUCCAGACAUCGUCCUCUACAGCAGAACAGCGAGGAAGACUCUGAUCCUCGCCUCAUUCUCUUGCUGUGUACAGAUCUCUGCAGAGCCAUGGCCAGAACCAAGCAGACAGCCCGUAAGUCCACCGGCGGGAAAGCUCCCCGCAAGCAGCUGGCCACUAAGGCCGCCAGGAAGAGCGCCCCCGCCACUGGCGGAGUCAAGAAGCCUCACCGCUACCGGCCCGGGACCGUCGCUCUCCGGGAAAUCCGGCGCUACCAGAAGUCCACCGAGCUGCUCAUCCGGAAGCUGCCCUUCCAGCGCCUGGUGAGAGAGAUCGCCCAGGACUUCAAGACCGACCUUCGCUUCCAGAGCUCGGCCGUCAUGGCCCUGCAGGAGGCCAGCGAGGCUUACCUGGUCGGGCUCUUCGAGGACACCAACCUCUGCGCCAUCCACAAGAUGUCUGGUCGCGGUAAAGGAGGGAAAGGGCUCGGGAAAGGCGGCGCCAAGCGGCACAGGAAGGUGCUCCGUGAUAACAUCCAGGGCAUCACCAAGCCUGCCAUCCGCCGCCUAGCUCGCAGGGGAGGCGUCAAGCGCAUCUCCGGCCUCAUCUAUGAGGAGACUCGCGGGGUGCUGAAAGUCUUCCUGGAGAACGUCAUCCGGGACGCCGUCACCUACACCGAGCACGCCAAGAGGAAGACCGUCACCGCCAUGGACGUGGUCUACGCGCUCAAGCGCCAGGGCCGCACUCUCUACGGCUUCGGGGGUUAA